GACAGUGUCGCAGCUCAAGAUUUACUUAAUUGUUAGUGUUGAUCAGCUGUAAAUAGUGAAAAACGUUAGAAACACGAGUCAAAAUUGAUCCAAUCAAAAAGAAGCAGCCACUGCCAAUGGCGAAUAGGGUGACGGGCACUUGUUGCACCGCGUCGGUGGAGCGGGCCGGCUUACCGGGCCUGCUACGCGACCUACAGAGGCUCUCGGAAGACCAAGACUCCGCUGAUAUUGUUUUUAUCCUCGGAACCAACGAAGAAAAGGUUUAUGCGCACAAAAUAAUCUUGAUAGCAAGAUGCAAAAGUUUUCAGAACACGAAACGAGGCGAAGUUUGUCGUAUUCCAGGGUGUUCCGUAACGCCAUCUAUCGGCCAGCAGCCAACACCAAUACGAAUGCCGCAUGUACAAGUUGAAACAUUUCGUCUCUUUAUUCAAUAUGUUUACACCGGCAAGCUAUUGCUACAAGACUCAGGAGUUUUCGAAAUGAUGACUUUAGCAGCCGAUUUAGGUGUUGAAGAUUUGAGAUCAGCUUGUGAAGAUCAUGUUACGUCUACAUUGAGUGUUGAAAGUGCCUGUACCUUGUUAGCAGCAGCAAUGGAAAUUCAAGAUCGCCCAGGUGGUAAGAGUGCGUCGUCUUUCAUGGAGCGUUGCAUCUCAUUUAUUGGCGACAACGCCGCAGACUGUGUCAAGACCAACGCCUUUCUCAAUCUGCCCAAAGAAGCACUUAUCAAACUUAUUUCGUCUGACUUCCUUUGUCUUGAAGAGGAGGAAGUGUGGCGCUGUGCUCUAGCUUGGGCGAAGCAAAGAGCUGGCGUGACGCAGCCAACGGCACACUGGACCGAGGAGGAGAGGGCCCGCGUCUGCCAUCACCUCUCGCCGCUCAUGCAGCAUGUGCGACUCCUGCUCAUCGACAGCGCCGUGUUCGCGGAGGAGGUGGAGCCGACGGGCGCGGUGCCGAUGGAGCUGUCGCUGGAGCGCUACCGCCGCGCCGCGCUCCACGCCGCGCCGCCGCCCGCCAUACGACACGACGCAGACAAGCGGACGCAGCCGCGUUUGGCUGUGAACAUGUUCACUGGGUCAUUGAUACUGCAGCAGGAGAAGAGUGCAUUCCAAGCUGUCAUCAACAACUGGUGCGGUACUCCGAAGCAGUCGUGGCGGCUGAUAUUCCGCGCGUCGACGCACGGGUACUCCGCCCAGGCCUUCCACUCACACUGUGAUGGCGUCGCGCCCGUCUUGCUACUGGUGCAGUGCUCUCGCGGCGAGGUGAUCGGCGGGUUCAGCGAGGCGAGCUGGGCGGCGGGCGGCGCGGGCGGGUACAUCCCGGCCGAGCGCGCCUUCCUCUUCGCGCUGAGCGACCCUCCCGCGCGGUACACGCUGCUCAAGAAGGCAUUCGCUCUCUGCUACCAUCCCGACUGCGGUCCAAUAUUCGGCGCGGGCGCAGACUUGUUGAUCUCUAGCAACUGCAACACGAACAGCGAGAGUUACAGCAACCUGCACUCGUACGGCGACCAGCUCGCCCCCGCCUCGCUCGCCGCAGACUACAACUUCACUGUCCGCGACUACGAGGUCUUCACUUACAAACACAACUAACUUACAAACUGUGAAGUUAGUAGGUCACUAGAGUUAUCAUAAAAUUGAGGAAAUCUAUCAUUAUCUAUGAUUUAAUCGGUUUAAGUAUCAUACUAAGUACCUACUAUGAAAUUGUUUCCGAGUGCUAUUACAAUUAUUCCCCA